AUGGAGAACAAGGCCAUGUACCUUCACACCUUCAAUGAGAGGGAGAAUGGCUCCAUCUUUGAGGAGCCCUUUGAGGGAAGGAACCUCUCCAAACUGAACCUCUGCGAGGAUGGUCCCGGGCGGAGGAUGAAAGCAGCAGGACGCUGCAGCUGGCUGGGCUCCUUGGCAGCCCUGAAGUAUGCCGUGGUGGGGCUUUACCUCCUCGUCUUCCUCAUCCUCGUUGGAGUCUUCAUCCUUGCAGUCUCCAGGCCGCAGACAUCCCCUGAGGACCUGAAGGUGCUGAUGGGGAACGUCAACCGCCUCAACGAGAGCUUUCGGGACAUACAGCUGAAGCUGCUGCACCUACCUCUGAAGGGGGACGUGCUGGAUCACAUCUGGAGGCUCCAGGACCUCCUGCAGAACCACUCGGACUCCUUGUUCCUCAUGACGGGGUCACUGCAGAAGCUGGAAGGGCUUCUCUGGAGCCUGCAGACCCAAGCCAGCCAAACCGACAAGGCCGUGUCCAACCUCUGGGACAGUUUGACCCAACAGAGCGACGCGGCUCAGCAGGAGAUGUACAAGCUCUCUGUGGAAGGCAACAGCAGCCGGCUGCUGCUGCAGCACCACGACCACCUCCUGAGCCACCUGGGCAGCAGGGUGGAGAGCCUGAGCGACCAGGUGAUGGCCGUGAGCGGGGCCAUGGACACCAUGAACAGGACCUUCUCCUACGACGUGAACAUCCACCAUACCCGCAUCCAGGACCUGCAGGUGCUCAUCAGCAACGCCACCGAAGACGCCCGGCAGAUGCGUCUCAUCCACAUAGCCAUGGAGGAGCAGCUGAAGCACGAGCUGGCCAUCCUCAACAACGUGACGGAAGACCUGCGGCUGAAGGACUGGGAGCACUCUGUCGCACUGAAGAACAUCUCUGUGAUACGAGGACCUCCAGGACCCAAAGGAGACCAAGGCAAUGAAGGGAUGGAGGGAGAACCUGGUCUUCCCGGCCUGCCUGGGCUGCGAGGGCUCCCUGGGGAGAGAGGACCACCAGGACCACGUGGCUUGAAAGGUGACCAAGGCGACCUUGGCCCUCCGGGUCCAGUGGGGAUGCGGGGAUUCAAAG